AUGUCCGAGGCUGUUGUUGCCGCGCCUGCCGCUCACGUUGGCGUCCCCGCCAAAAAGACGAAAACUGCGAAAAAACCCUCCGCGUCCAAGAGUCAUCCACCGUUCGCCAAUAUGGUGAUCGCGGCCAUAAAGGAGCUCAAGGAACGCAAUGGAUCCAGUCGCCAGGCCAUUGUCAAGCAUAUUAAGUCGCACCAUCCCAGUAUAACUGAGAAGGUGGUGGAGGUACAGGUCCGCCGAGCCUUGAUCGCGGGCGCGAAGGCAGGACGUCUGAUCCACACGAAGGGUGUUGGUGCCAGCGGAUCCUUCAAACUGUCGGAGAAGGCCAAGGCUCCAGCGGGUACUAAGAAGGCAGUCAAGCCUAAGAAAGCUAUGAAGGCCAAGACAGCCGUUGCCAAACCGAAGAAGGUGUCUGCCAAGCCGAAGAAGACGGCCGCCAAGUCGAAGAAGACGCCUCAGAAGGCAAAGAAGGCUUCCGUGAAACCCGCAAAGGUCUCCGCCCCUAAAGUCCACAAGCCCAAGACACCGAAGAAAAAGGUUGCUGCACACAAAAGUUCUGCAGUUAAACCAAAGAAGCCGACCGUCAAGAAGACCCCCAAGAAAUAA